AUGGGAUAUGAAAAUCAUAAAAUUAAUAACUUGUGUUUAAUAAAGCAUUACCUGCAACAAAUGAGUUGGGGGUCACACGUAGAAGCAUGUGACUUACCAUGUCUAAAAAGAAAGAAAGGUGUACCUUCAAAACAUGUUGUCUUGAAUGACCAGGAUAAACUUGAGAUUGUGAAGACUUGUCAUAAAGGGAUGGUGAAUGCGUAUGAGCCAGAGUCUGCAAGUAAGAGGGAUGAGGAUAGAGAAGGGUUAAUAAACAAGGAACAAAUGGAUGAAGGAGAGUAUAUUUCUUCAAAAGACAAUCUGGUUGGUAAGCAUAAUGAUAUUCAAAAUAUUGGAAAUUAG